GAGGUGGUUGAGGGCGUGCCGUGAUGCAUGGGAUGAUGGGAGAAUUGUUUCGGGGAUCUGUGUGACAUGGGAAGUCUAGAACAAGUCGCCGGAUUCCAAAACAAACAAAAGAGCCACAGGAGCCGAUUUUAACGUGACCGAUCACAUGCCAAACGCCAUCGCCGCUAACCGCAGUUACACCUUUUGCUCCUCUCCCUCCCCUCUCUAAGUAGUAGUAGACCCGCUCCACAGCGGCUCAUUGCGUACCCACACACUCGCUCUAGAUUUCUCUUCGGCUCUCUCCCUCUCCUCUGCUCUUGUGACAACCCCCUUGUAUCUGUUCUUAAGGUGUGGGGAGUUGGCGUUGCAGUUGUUGUUGUUCUGCAGUUUGUUUGUUGUUGCGGUAGGGAAGCUUCGGAGGCAGCUGCGAUGGAGGUCUGCAGUGUGGGAAUGAAGGCGAACGUGUGUUUCGGCCAAGUGAAGAGGAGAAGCGUUGGUAGUGGGGAGAGUGGGAUUUGGGGAGAAGGGAUUGGUGGUGGUGGUGGUGGUCUAAAAAUUAAGGUGUGGGAAACCAAGGUGGUAAAGGGUGUGAAGAGGAGGAACUCGUUGGGAGCUGCAGUCGCUGUUCUCACUUCAGAUGUCAGCGAGGAGACGAUGGUUUUGCAUGCACCGAUGUUUGGUUACCGGACGGCAGAGCCCAAGAGCGUUGCAUCCAUAAUACUGGGUGGAGGGGCAGGCACUCAGCUCUUCCCUCUCACUAGUACAAGAGCCACGCCUGCAGUUCCCAUCGGUGGAUGCUACAGGCUUAUUGACAUUCCAAUGAGCAACUGCAUCAACAGCGGGAUAAACAAGAUCUUCAUAAUGACGCAGUUCAAUUCGGCUUCACUGAAUCGCCACAUUUCUCGUACAUAUAUCUUCGGGAAUGGAAUCAACUUUGGUGAUGGAUUCGUCGAGGUUUUAGCAGCCACACAGACGCCUGGAGAGGCUGGGAUGAACUGGUUUCAGGGUACAGCAGAUGCCGUCAGGCAAUUCACUUGGGUAUUUGAGGAUAACAGGAACAAGAACAUCGAGCACAUAGUGAUAUUGUCCGGUGACCAGCUUUACCGCAUGGACUAUAUGGACCUCGUGCAGAAACAUAUCGAUACUGGUGCUGACAUAACAGUGUCAUGUGUGCCCGUCGGUCACAGCCGAGCAUCUGACUACGGACUAGUGAAGAUCGACAAGACGGGCCGCAUUUUCCAAUUUUCUGAGAAACCAAAUGGUGCAGAAUUGGAAGCAAUGAAGGAUGGCGGAAGCUUUCUCAGAUUGUCUCGUCAAGAUGCCAUGAAGUACCCGUACAUUGCAUCCAUGGGAGUCUAUGUAUUCAAACGAGAUGUUCUUUCCAAGCUUCUACGGUGGAAGUACCCGAAAGCAAAUGACUUCGGAUCGGAGAUCCUUCCUUCUGUUGUCAAGGAGCACAAUGUUCAGGCAUAUAUAUUCAAUGAUUACUGGGAAGACAUCGGAACAAUUAGAUCCUUCUUCGAUGCCAAUUUGGCUUUGACAGAACAGGUUGGUAUUAGCUUUCGCAGAACGCAUGCAAACUUCAUGCUGAAGAUAUCAUCUGAACUUUUUGUGCAGCCACCAAAGUUUCAGUUCUACGAUCCGAUGACUCCUUUCUUUACAUCUCCUCGAUUUCUACCUCCGACAAAGAUCGAAAAGUGCAGGAUUGUGGACGCAAUCAUCUCACAUGGAUGCUUCUUGCGGGAGUGCAGCGUGGAGCGUUCCAUUGUUGGAGUACGCUCACGUUUAGAUUUCGAUGCAGAGUUGAAGGAUACGAUGAUGAUGGGUGCUGAUAUCUACGAGACCGAAGCUGAAAUAGCAUCUUUGCUGGCGGAUGACAAGGUUCCGAUUGGUGUCGGACAGAACACCAGGAUCAGGAACUGCAUCAUCGACAUGAAUGCGAGGAUAGGGAAGAAUGUGGUGAUAGCGAACAAGGAUGGGAUUCAGGAAGCAGAUAGGCCAUGCGAGGGCUUCUACAUACGAUCUGGGAUCACAAUAAUCAUGAAGAAUUCUACCAUCAAGGAUGGAACAGUGAUAUAGAAUGAUAGAUUUGAGGUGUAAUAUGAAGAAUACAUAGAGGAGAGGAUGCUACGGCCAGAAUGGUAACCCAUGCUGUCAGGAUGGAACUACUCGGCUGAUACUACUGUCUCCAUGAUGUCUCUUGCGUUUUGCUAAUAACAAGCUGCAAUGAUGCAGCUGCGUCCUUGUAUGUAAUCAGUACGUUCUUAUAUCAUUUCAUCAGCAUCAUGCUCCUCUGUUCUGUAAAUAAAAUGAUCUCUAGAUAACCUAUGUUUGGUCUCAUUAAUUAGUA